AUGGAACGCAGAGUCCCCACCAAGGACGAGGUGCUGGCUUAUCUAAAGGAAGACCGCAACUGGGGCCGCUGGGGCGACGACGACCAGCUGGGCGCAGUCAACAUGAUCACCCAGGAGAAGCGCGUCGAGGCCGCCGGGAUGGUCAAGACGGGCCGGGCCAUAUCUCUGAGCCGGGAGUUCCCGUCCAUUCCCGCCCCCAACAACCCGACUCCGGCCAUUCACUACAUGAAGAAGGUGUAUCGCAGCCCCACCUCCGGGUUCUCCGCCGACUACUACGGCAUCUCCUACCACGGCACGGCCACCACGCACCUGGACGCCCUGUGCCACGUCUGGGACGAGAACGGCAUGUGGAACGGCCGCAACCCCGAUGAGCAGAUCACCAUGGACGGCGCCCAGUGGGGUGCGGUACACCACUGGAAGGAGGGGCUGAUCACCCGUGGAGUGCUGCUGGAUGUGCCCAAGCACCGGGGCGGCGCCUACGUCACCAUGGACACGCCCAUCCACGGCUGGGAGCUGGAGGACAUCGUCAAGGAGCAGGGCGUCGAGAUGCGCCCAGGCGACGCGCUGCUGGUCUACGGCGGCCGCGAGAUCUGGAACGCCGACGGCAACCCCAUCUGGGGCAGCGACCCCCUGGCGCGCCCCGGCCUACACAUGAGUUGCCUGCGGUUCAUCCGGGAGUCGGACAUCUGCCUGCUGGGCUGGGACAUGAUGGACCACACGCCCAACGGAUACGACCUCUCGUGGGCGGUGCACGGCUCCAUCUUCGCCUACGGCAUCGGCCUGCUGGACAAUGCGUUGCUGCAGCCGCUGGCGGAGGCCUGCGCCGAGGAGGGCCGCUCCGAGUUCAUGAUCACCAUCAACCCGCUGCGGGUUGUGGGCGGCACCGGAUCGCCGGUCAACCCUGUCGCCAUCCUGUAA